AUGUCAGAGGAGGCGGUGCGACAAACGCGCAGCCAAAAAAGGGCCAUGGAGAGGGACAACACGGUAGACAUGGACUCCAAACGGGUCAAACUGGAAAAAGGGGACUCUGACGGAAUCCCCCUGGACCAGGAUGGAAUGGAAGCAGAGGCCGUCAUGCUGAAGAGUGAGCAAUCGGCAAAGCUAGCAGCCAGCAUCCUAAAGACUGGGGAGGUGAAGGCCACGAUCAAAGUGGAGGUGCAGACGGGGGACGAACCCGUUGAUAUGAGCACAUCCAAAAGCGAAAUAAAGAGAGAGCGCCAGCCUGCCUCACCAGACGACGUAAUCAUACUAUCUGACAAUGAACCAUCCAGUCCCCUCAUGAACGGCCAUUGCUUUACCAAGGCGGACACAGAAAAACUCAUGAAGAGUUCUCCUGAGGAACGGGAGCAAAUCAUCAAACACCUCAAAGAAGAGCUACGACUCCAAGAAGCCAAGUUGGUGCUGCUUAAGAAACUACGACAGAGCCAGAUCCAGAAGGAGAGCUCAGCUCAGAAGGCAUCUGGUUCUGUGGCGAAUCCUCCUCCUUUGGUGAGAGGUAGCAUUACAUCAAGCAAAGGAGCCCUACAGGUAACGGGUCGCAGCUCAGGAACAGUAAUCCCGCCGCCACUGGUGCGAGGUGGUCAACAUGUCCCGUCCAAGCACGGCUCUCAGACUGCUAUGCCCCCAUUGGUCAGAGGUGCCCAGCCUGUUACUGUGACUCCCCAGCAGAUCGCAAGCUUGCGUCAACAGCAGCAGCACGGCGGCUCAGGGCCUCCUCCGCUGUUGCUUGCUCCCCGGGCGUCGGUGCCCAACGUCCAGAUCCAGGGACAGAGGAUCAUUCAGCAGGGCCUGAUUCGGGUGGCUAAUGUAGCCAACAGUAAUAUCUUGGUCAACAUCCCUCAGGCAUCUCCAACAGGCAUUAAGGGCUCCUCAGCAUCGCCCAACUCUGGCAUCAACGACUCGCCUGCCAGUCGCCAGGCGGCCGCCAAGCUCGCCCUUCGCAAGCAGCUUGAAAAGACGCUGCUGGAAAUCCCGCCUCCCAAACCUCCUGCCCCAGAAUUCAACUUCCUACCUUCAGCGGCCAAUAAUGAGUUUAUCUACUUAUUGGGGUUAGAGGAAGUUGUACAAAAACUCUUGGACAUGCUCGGCAGAGGCAGUCUAGGCCCAACAGCCGGCAUGUCUAGCUCUAUUCCCAAAGAGCCGUACACCUGCACCCAGUGUAAAACAGAUUUCACCUCCCGCUGGAGGAAAGAGAAGUCCGGGACCAUCCUGUGUAACCAGUGCAUGUCGUCCAAUCAAAAGAAAGCCCUGAAGGCUGAGCACACUAGCCGGCUGAAGGCGGCCUUUGUCAAGGCGCUGCAACAGGAGCAAGAGAUUGAACAACGCAUCCUCCAGCAGGCCACUACUUCCUCUGCCUCCCCAGUUUCCAAAACCACCUCGUCCUCUAAUUCACUGUCAAAAAGCGAAGUGCUGGCAUCUCACCAGUACAAGCAGGUCCGGUCCGCCAUGCCGCACAGAUCUGUGACGGGCCAUCACUCUGCCAUUAAGCAGCUGCAGAGCGCAGUGACAGCAGCAGCGUUGGGCAGCAGGCCAAGUAAGCACGUCGCGGCACGCCCCCUGCAGCAGGGGGUGAAGGUCAGUGCUGGUGGCAGCAACAGUAACCAGGGCAACGUGACUGCCUGGAGAAAGAGCAGUAGCAAUGCAGGCGUGACAAUGGCCUACGUGAACCCCAGCUUGUCUGCCCACAAGACCACCUCCUCUGUGGAGCGCCAGCGAGAGUACCUGUUGGACAUGAUCCCCUCCCGCUCAAUCUCCCAAGCAGCCAACACAUGGAAAUAA